GUUCAAUAAAUAAAUAUAAAGAUUUUAUAAUAUUAAAUAAUAAUAACAUUAUUUAUUUAUUCCUACGUCCAUUCGCAUCCCAAAACGGAGAAACGCCCAAACUCCCUCACCCAAUUACUCCGCUUAUACUAGCCGCACCAUUUCUUGGUCCCCUGCGCGACAAACCUACCAGAGAAGGAAGGCCAAGCCCGCUAAAGACUUCGCCGGAGUGUUCGCCGGAGUUCUAAACCAAUUUCCUUCCCCAAUCGAUUGAGGUUAUGGGCUGCAGUAUUUGCUUCUCGAUAGAUGUGUCUAGCAUUGCCUUGGAUUUGCUCGAGAAUUUGUUGGAUUGCUCUGCUUGUUUCUUGAAGGUCAUUUCUGUCAUUGAUUCUCCAGAUUGCGUUUUUGGAGACCAUGUGCAAGUCAAUGGGUCCAUGUUGGAUUGAGAUGGCCCAAUUAAGGCCCGUGAUAGCUGCUUCCAUCUCACCAUCUUCAGAGGAGUGCUGCGUUUGCAAACGGGUGCUCAUUGCUCCAAGAAAUUCUCCUUCCUUUGUUUGUAGAAUAGCGGAGCCAACCAUUGAAUCUCCGGCAACUGACACGUCCGUGUUGAUCCUGGGAAGUAAUCUGAUUGGGCAUUCAAUUUGAUUUGGGAGCCUUCCUUUUCCUUUUCCGAGUAUUCAUUCAAUUAGUUUUCUCCAGAUCAUUUGAAUAAGCUGUGAUGCUAUUUUUGAUUCUUGUUGGUAUACUCUUCGAUUUCUUUCUUUCCAGAUUUCAUAUGUGAUGAUCCCUGGGGCACAUUGUUUGAACACUCUGCAAGUUCCAGAUGGUGUUGUAACUAGCGUCACCCAAGUGGAGAAUUUGAUUGUAUAUUUGCUCUGCCUAAGCGUUGUCAAAUCCUCUGUCAGUGGGACAUCCAACGUGUUCCUGAGUUUUCACCUUCAUCAUCCUCAUAACGUUGUGUGAACUGUGUUGGCUGUUUUGGAUUGGUCUUCUGUGGUACUUUGGUCGUGUUUUUGACCUUAUUGUGGCAUUGGUCAUGUUGUAGACUAGUAGUGUUGUUG